AUGAUGGCGACGCUGCACCGGCACCUGGUGCCACUGAUCGACCACGUCUCCAAGAACCCGGACAUCGCGUCCAUCACGCUGCUCGUCAUCGUGCUGCUCGUGUCGCUCAAGAUCGUCAACAUCCUCUACCGCGCCGUCGUCUUCUGGAUCUCGCUCGCCGUCAAGCUCGUCUUCUGGGCCACGGUCGUCGUCGUCGGCCUCUUCGUGUGGAGCCGCGGCGUCGAGGGCGCCGCGCAGGACCUCGCCGUGUGGGGCCGCUACUGGGCCGGCGUGUGGUCGAGCGAGUAUGCCCGGUUUCAGGACCAGUUGGAGGAUGCGAGGAGGUUUCAGAUGCUGCAGCAGCAGCAGGCGCAGGCGGGACAGCAGGCGUUUGCGCGGUGA